CAGAAUUCGGUUUGAGUGACAGCUGCAGGAAACGCGCGACUGAAAGACUCAUUUCAUUAUACGCGAUAAGAAAAUCAUGUAGUCAUGACAGAGAUUUUUAUUGGACUGUGUGAGGUUUGGUCGUUGUGUUGCAGUGAUUGUAUUCCUGAUGUCUUUGGCUCAGCGCGUUCUUCUCACUUGGGUCUUCACACUCAUCUUCCUCAUCCUCCUGGUUCUGAAGCUCGAUGGGAAGGUGAAAUGGAGCUGGUUCCUCAUCUUUCUGCCCGUCUGGAUCUUUGACAGUGUGCUGCUGCUGAUGUUGGGUGUAAAAGUGGCCGGGCGUUGUCGGGCGGGUUAUGACCCGCGACUCAAGGUCUGGUACCUGCUGGCUUUAUUGCUGAAGGUCGGGUUCUGUUUGACUCUGUGCGCGCGACUCGAGCAGCUGACAAACCUGCGGCUCGUGUUCAUCUGUGUGCCUCUAUGGACGCUCCUCACGGGAGCCAUGAUUGAGCUCGGCUACAACAUCCUGCCACAACACACUCACUAAAACACGACGCUUUACACACACAACAUGAAAACUCACCCUAACGUCAUUCCAAACACAAAUGAAUUAUUUUAUAUUAAAAUGCUGAUAUGUUAUGGCCUCAACGUGUUAAAAUUUCAAAUGUCACAAUAUUCAUCAUUAAUGUCCUCUAAAUGACUUAAUAAAUGUAUUCUGACGUGAAACAAUUAUGUGUGUGAGAGAAACCCAUUAAUAUCUUCAGCGUGUUUAGCGAUUGGUAUGUUGCGUAUCUAUGGCAACAAACAGAUAAGCACGGCAAGAUACAGCGUAGUUUCCGUGCCGUUGUUUGCUAAAUAAAGUAAAAAGUACAUUUGUAUUUGUAACACUUAUUGUAUUAUGCAGGGCCGCUGUGUAU